AUGUCGUUGCAAGAAACAGGACAGAAAGAAGCAGAGCAAGUCGGAAAUGGCUUGUUCAAGCCCGUGGGUGAAGCAGUUGAGGAUAUGCAAGAGGAGUCAAAGUUUAAUGGGGUUUCAGAUGGUGGUGAAAUGGAGGCAAAUCAAGACCUUGUUAGAACCACGGAUGCUUCUGAUUCCAUGGGACAUCCGAUUCAAGAGAUUGAGUCGUUGUGUAUGAAUUGUCACCAAAAUGGUACUACCAGACUGUUGCUGACGUCCAUUCCAUACUUUAGAGAAGUUGUCCUAAUGUCAUUCGAGUGUCCACAUUGUGGGUUCAAAAAUUCUGAAAUUCAAUCUGCCUCCGCUAUUCAGGAGAAAGGUUCAAAAUACAUUCUUAAAAUCGAGAAUAGUGAGGAUUUCAAUAGGGAAAUUAUCAAAUCCGAAAAUGCAACAUGCAAGUUUGUCGAACUAGACAUUGAAAUCCCUGCGAAGAAAGGUCAGCUGACUACAGUUGAAGGCUUAUUAAAUGAGAUGAUUGAGGAUUUAGAAUCUGAUCAGCCAGCCAGAAAGGCAAUCGACGAAAAUCUUCACGACAGGAUUGAUGAAUUUAUCAAGAAGGUCAGGAGCUAUAUGAAUUGCGAGCCGAAUACGGUGCCACUCACCUUUGUCUUGGAUGAUCCAGCAGGAAAUUCAUGGAUUGAAUAUAAACCGGGUGAGCCUUUGCAUAAAUGGUCUCACGCUGAAUAUUUGAGAACUGACGAACAGAAUGUCGAAGUCGGCAUUAUUACAAAGGAUCAACUAGAGCAACGUCGCAAGGAAAAACUGGAAGAAUUAUCAAAUCGUGACAGGAACCCUUCGCAGUCAGUUAAAGUCGAUUCAACGUCAUCAAAUUUUUUAUCCGAUGCAACUGAGAUAGAAAACUUCAAUAACGAAGUUCAAACUUUUAAGAUAACCUGUCCUUCAUGUAUGCAUGAAUGUGAAUGCCACAUGAAGCCCGUUAACAUUCCUCAUUUCAAGGAAGUUAUCAUUAUGUCUACAGUAUGCGAGCAUUGUGGUUAUAGGUCUAACGAGGUCAAAACAGGUGGUGCCAUACCAGAGAAAGGUAGGAAAAUCACACUUUAUUGUGACGAUCCUGCAGAUUUAUCUCGUGAUAUCUUGAAAUCAGAAUCCUGUUCGAUGACUAUCCCAGAACUCAGUGUUGAAAUCCAGGAGGGAACUCUAGGGGGUAGGUUCACAACUUUAGAAGGCAUACUGAAACAAGUUUAUGAUGAACUUGAAUCUCGUGUAUUUUCUCAAACUUCAGACUCGAUGGAUGAGCCAACGAAGCAACGUUGGCUAGCGUUCUUCGAUAAAUUGAAGAGUGCGUUGGAUGGAAAAGUUAAAUUCAACGUAAUAAUGGUAGAUCCUCUUGCAGGUUCUUACAUUCAAAAUGUAUAUGCGCCAGACCCUGACCCAAAUAUGACCAUAGAAGAUUAUGAAAGAACCGAACAACAAAAUGAUGAUUAUGGGUUAAAUGACAUGAAAGUAGACCAACAAUAG